UUUGCGCGUAUACAGGAAAGAGCAGCUGAGUUGUCAUGUACCUUCAUUCUUAAUGGCACUUAAUUUUGUACCUAUUAUUUCAUGGACCGCUCUUGUCACCGUUUUCAUAUCGGGACGUGGGUGCGCGGCGCGCUACACAGCUGACUGGAAGAGUCUGGAUGCCAGACCCCUGCCCGCAUGGUUUGAUGAAGCCAAGAUAGGGAUUUUUGUCCACUGGGGGGUUUUCUCUGUCCCCGCUUUUGGGGAGUACAGCGAGUGGUUCUGGUACUGGUGGGAGUCCAAAAAACGCGCAGAAGAAGUUGAGUUCAUGCGGAAAAACUAUCCAACAGGGUUCGAGUACACGGAUUUUGCGCACAAGUUUCACGCGGAAUUCUUCAACCCUGACAGCUGGGCAGAGCUAUUCCAUGCCUCCGGAGCCAAGUAUGUGGUGUUCACAUCCAAGCACCAUGAGGGCUUCACUAACUGGCCCUCGCCGACUUCCUGGAACUGGAACUCGGUGGACGUCGGUCCUCACAGGGACCUGGUGGCAGAGCUGGCAGUGGCCAUCAGGAACAGGUCACUGCACUUUGGACUGUACCACUCUCUUUUUGAAUGGUACAACCCACUUUUCUUGUUGGACGAAGCCUCAGGAUUCAAGACCCAGAACUUUGUUGCCUGGAGGACUCUCCCAGACUUAGUGAACCUUGUGAAGGUGUACAAGCCUGAACUGAUCUGGUCUGAUGGGGACUGGCUGGCAUCUGAUGAAUACUGGAACUCCACCCAGUUCCUGGCCUGGCUCUACAACGACAGCCCAGUGAAGGAUGUGGUGGUGACCAAUGACCGGUGGGGUAAAGGCUGCUACUGCAAACAUGGGGGCUACUACAACUGCGCUGACAGGUACACCCCUGGUAAACUACCAGGGCACAAGUGGGAGAAGUGCCAGUCCAUCGACACCCGCUCCUGGGGCUACAGGAGAAACAUGCAGCUCAGCGAGGUCAUGGAUCUGCCUUCCAUCAUAAAGGACAUGGUGUAUGUGGUGGCAAUGGGCGGUAACUAUCUGCUGAACAUCGGGCCUGCAGCAGAUGGCAUGAUUGCUCCAGUGUUUGAGGAGAGGCUAAGGGGACUUGGUGCCUGGCUGGGAAUCAAUAAGGAAGCCAUCUAUGCUUCCAAGCCCUGGAGGAUCCAGACAGAGAACAGCACGGUCACUGUCUGGUACACUGCCAAGAAUAGUACAGUGUAUGCCAUAAUGCUGGGCUGGCCAUCCACACAACCACUAGAGCUCACAUCACCCAAGACAUCUAAGGCCACCAAGGUUACUCUUUUGGAUUAUCCUAACGUGCCACUGAAGUGGGCACCACUGACACAAGCAGCGGGGCUGUUGAUUCUCAUGCCUGCAAUGCCAGCGUCCCGUGGCAACGCCUGGACUCUGAAGCUGGAGGGAGUAGUCUGAGGGGACAUGCCUGAUAUAUUCAUUUGUUACAGAUUUUGCUCCAUUUUAUUUUGUGUGAUUGCAAAUUACUUCAGUAGGGUUACAAUUUUGGGUAGAAUAUGAUUUAUUAAUUUACUAUCACCUAUCUAUAGGCUUUAAUUUUGGGUUGAAUAUUAUAUCAUUAUAUAAUUAAUAUGAUGCCCUAUGAUGGACUGGCAACCUGUCCAGGCGUUCCCCUGCCCCCCCGCCCGAUGAGCGCUGGGAUAGGCUCCAGCACCCUCGCAACUCCUGCGGCUUAGCGGAUUGGAAAAUGAAUCAAUGAAUUAUAAAUAUUAUUAUGGUAAUUAUGUUUUAUUGUUUUCUGUGCUAUUAUCAUGUUUUGUUUUGCUUCUAUUGACUUAUUUUAUAUUGUCUUGUCUUGUCCUCUGGCUGCGUCCCUGAAUAUUUGAGGGCUGCUUGUGUGCAAACACUCAUUAAAAAUAAUCAGCCUCGACCCAUCAGACUGCAGCACUUACAGGCCAAUGUCAAAAUGACUUUAUUUGCAAGACUCCUUGAGAGAGUCUCCCUACAACUCCUCGAAACGGUGACAUAAUACAACAUUUA